AUGCCCGUGGACCACGAGAACGAUCUUCUCUUGAUCACCUGCGCCUCUGGGAAGCAGGCUUCGCGCCUGCUCCCGCUACUGUACGGCACGUGGAAGCGCCUCCGCCUAGUCGUCAACUCGCCGUCAUCGGAGCAACGCCUGAAGCAGCAGUACCCUGACGCCAGCGUGACUCAGGCCAGCCUGGAGAAUGUCGACGAGGCCCGCCGCAUCAUGGCCGGCGUGACCACCGUCUUCCACAUCGGUCCCUCCUUCCAUCCGCACGAGACGGAGAUUGGCUAUUUUAUGGUUGAUGCGGCCGCCGAAGAGGCCCGGCAUGGCACGUUCAAGCACUUUGUGUACUCGUCGGUGCUCAACACCCAACUGCGCAAGAUGAUGAACCACGACUGCAAGCGCUACGUCGAGGAGUAUCUCAUGGAGUCAGGCCUGGACUACACCAUCCUUCAGCCCACUCACUUCAUGGACACGUUUCCCGUGGCACAGCUGCUGUCGCAGCCGGAGCCGCUGUACCGAGCCAACUGGAGCACGAGCGUGCCCUUCUCGUUCAUUGCGCUGCAAGACUUGGCCGAGGCGGCGGCAACCGUGAUUGAGGAGAGGGACAGGCACUACUUGGCGCAGUAUCCGCUCAGCUCGACUCGGACGCUGCCGUACGACGAAGUGAUCGGGAACGUAAGCCAGGCAAUCGGCAAACAUAUCAAGGUCGAGACGAGGCCGGUGAUAGAAGCCACCAAUGCCCUCCUGGACAUGCUCUUUGGCGGCGCGGACAAGGCUCACCCGAGAACGAGGGACGCCGCCCAGCGGAUGGUCCUGUUCUACAACUACCACGGGCUCAAGGGCAACCCCAACAUUCUCGAAUGGCUGAUCGGACGGAAGCCGACGGCCCACGCGGACUGGGUGCAGGCGCAGGUGCAGAGCGUGCAGAAGCUCAGGACUGGCUAA